UCAUAGAACAGAGUAGCACAUGUCAUAUGUAGACGUUGACAAUUAAUGACAGUGACUUAAGGAAACCGUUUGUCUCUUUGAAUUCAGUUUAAUGGUUUUAUUUUAUUUUUAUUUCAAAUUUGAAAUCUAUCUUAAGUUGAAAAUAUUGAAAUAGUUUACAAAGUAUAAAAAAAAAUGUCUACAAUUGAAGAAGAUACAGUUAUAGCCCCUUGGGUGGGUCCUACAUGCUGCAGAAACAGUUUAACAGUCAUCAUACUCUCAUCAAAUGUUGAAAUUAUUGGAAAGAUCGCAGUUGCCAUUGAAGAAGUUCACGCCAAAGGCAACUUUAGGUGGAAAUUGAUACUAUUACGUUCAUUUCACUUAGAAGAAAUCGUCAGGCAGACAGAUAUAACGGGUAAAAUUGCAAUAGAUUUCGUAGUUUUAGCCUUGGACACAAGUAGAAUCUCUUGUUUAGAAUGGACAAAAAAAGUUUUGAACCAAGUUCAUCCUGAUCUUCGAAGUCGACGAUUGAUACUUGUGAACGCUAGUGGAUUGCCGGUAAAUGGAAUGGCUGUGAGUGCUGGAGAUUUGAUUAGUUUUCACACAGAAUUGAAGUUGGAAUUGUUAACAUCAAAUGUUUACAAAUCUGAAGAAGCUAUGUUUUUAGCACGAAAAUUAUUGAAAUAUAUGGAAGUAUCACUGGGUAUCAAAACUGGAAUUCCUAAUUUAAAUGUGUGAAAUGUAUGUAAAUGGAUAACUGGAAUGUUAUAAUUCUUACAAUUUUGGAAGCAUCUGCAAUCUACAUACAAGUAUUGUAGUUUCUGGAAAUCUCAAAAAACUCUGUAUAUAAAGACGCUUUCACUGUCGGAGCAAUCUAACAAUGUGCACUUAAACUUAAAAUACAUAUAUGUCAUACUAUAUUAUACUGAAAAUGAAUAAAAGGAAUUAAUUUUGGAAUAAUUUCACUAUAUACUUUAUGGAACAGUAAAUAACAUGUGAUU